UGGCGGCUUCUGUUGAAAUUAGGGUUUCGCGUUAGGAGAAGGAGAGAAAGCCGUCACAUACAAACGCAGACGCCUUCUCUGUCGCCUUCUCUAUCAAUCUCAUCGCAAUCAUGAUCAUAUCAGAGAAGAAUCGCCGCGAGAUCUCCAAGUACCUCUUCAAAGAGGGUGUUCUGUUUGCGAAGAAGGAUUUCAAUUUAGCGCAACAUCCAUUGAUCGAGGGUGUUCCGAAUCUGCAAGUCAUCAAGCUGAUGCAGAGCUUCAAAUCAAAGGAAUACGUGCGAGAGACAUUUGCUUGGAUGCAUUACUACUGGUUCCUCACAAACGAAGGCAUUGACUUUCUCAGGACUUACCUCAAUCUCCCAUCUGAGAUUGUUCCCGCCACUUUGAAGAAGCAGCAGAAACCUCUUGGCCGACCUUUUGGAGGCCCACCUGGUGACCGUCCACGUGGCCCACCUCGUUUUGAGGGAGAGAGGAAGUUUGGUGACAGAGAGGGAUAUCGUGGAGGUCCGAGAUCAGGUGGAGAGUUUGGUGACAAGAGUGGAGCUCCUGCUGAUUACCAGCCUUCUUUCAGGGGACCUGGAGCUAGGCCUGGGUUUGGCCGUGGAGCUGGUGGUGCUGGUCCAGCUGCUGGAUCUGAUCUUCCUUGAAUAGUACCUUUGAUUUUGUUUCCUUUUGGUCUGAUUCAAGGUUAAAUAGUACCUUUGAUUUGAGAAGUCAAAUGUCUUUCUGAACUCUGUUUCUCUCCUCAAUAUGAUUGUUUUUUACGUUAGAAUUAUAUGAAGGAUGUUAGAUCGUUACAAGAAUUUUUCACAUUCUCUGCCGGGCAUUUAUCGGUUAAAAGUUUUU